AUGACCGCGCUGCAUGCACACCUGCACACGCCGAUCGCCGCGGACGACUACAACGCCGCACUGAACCACUCUGCGCGGGACCCGGAGGGUGUGCUCGAAAUCUGUCGGACCGACGACCUGACGGACCGCGGGAUGCUGUGGGGGCUGCGGAAGGUCUCGAGCGGGGAGGGCAAGGAGGGCACGCACGUCAUCCCAUCGAAUGCACAGGUCUUGACGGUUACUCGAUAG